GAAACAACUUGAAGCCGCAGCGAUCUGUUUAUUUUGGGUUACGUCGCUCCGCCAAGAGUCGACGGACUACUUCCAGCUCGCCAUGUCUCACCCGGCCAAGAGUAAGACGCUGCCUGCCGCCGCCAAAACCGGCGAGUACGAGGUUUCUCUGUCCUUCAGGGACGAACUGGCGGCCACGAUCCACGGAGCGUUUGAUGUGGCGGUGGACAUCGCGGUGUUGGAGGUGACCAAGCUGGUCGGUCAGGCGAUGGGAGACCUCCGCCGCCAGAUGCUGGAGAACCAAAGCGAGAACCAGUCCCUCAAACAGCGUCUGCUGAAAGCGGAGGAGAAGCUGGACUCGGUGCGCAAGUUCCUCGGCCAGAGAGACGAUAGUUGUGCGUCGACGACACAACACACGAUCGACGAAAGCCACACAACUCAGCCGUCCAGAAGUUGUCAGCCGGACCGCCACCCCGCCAGAGAUCCCAGACAAGCCGCCGAGGAGGAAGCCAUGGGGCCGCCUGGCCGAGACGCUUCAUCGGAUCUAGAGAAAGAGCGAAGAGAGCAGCGAGAUGGAUGCCCUCAGGAAAACCUUCCGGUCGUCUCUCAGGGGUACUCCAAACAUGCCUCCAAAAACACAACUGCCUUUGAUCACUUGCUUAAAGAAUCGGAUGAAGAGGUCUCCAGUUUAUGUGUGGUCAAAAUGGAAAACCCUCAGCACCCAUGUCGAGACAUGACACUUCAGCCCAGCGACUCGCCAUCCCUUCGCUGUGGGGUUGAGAACCCUGCAUCGGAGCAAGUUAGAGUAAAACAAGAGGAAGCUUUUGAAGUGGGAGACGGUCCAGACUGCUGCUUUGACGAGUCCAUCAGAGUGGAGGAUUUUGGUCCUGACAGUCUGCCUCUAGUCCAGUCCAAAAUCCUGGAGGAGUGGAAACCAGCGCUGUUGGAUAUUCAGAACCGAGAUGCAGACAGUCUGCUUCCAUUCAGCAGCCUUGCUCUGGCUUCUCCUUCACAAGUGAACAACAGUGUUCCAUCAGUCGGUGCUCUAAAGCCCCUUUCUUCGGUGUUCCCGCACGUCUACCAGCCAGAGGAGCCAGCUACCAUCCCAGCGCCACCUCAGGCAUGUAGAGUCCACAUCAGGACUACUCAAAACUCCAGCCACCCGUCUGGGGGUCUCAGCACCUGCAAGUUUUGUGGCCAGACCUUUCACCAGCCCAGCAUGCUGCGCCGGCACUACAGCCAGUGCCAACAGAAGCUCCAGCAGUCCUGCCAGCAGCCCGUGGGGGGCAUGAGAAGGAAUAAGCGACAGCUCUUCGCACCAGGAUGCAGCCCCUUCCAGUGCUCAGAGUGUGACCGGGAGUUCAACCGUUUUGAGAACCUUAAGACCCACCUGCGCAUCCAUACAGGGGAGAGGCCUUAUGUCUGCUCCGUCUGUUGCAAGCGCUUCCGGCACUCCGGGGCUCUGACCAGGCAUUUCCGCAUCCACACCGGGGAGAAGCCCUACACGUGUGGACAGUGUGGGAAGGCUUUUCGGAACUACGGAGGACUUAAAUUCCACCAGCGUUCCCACUGCCCCCAAUGACAACGCCUGGAAAUUGAAUGGAGAGCAAUGGAAGAAUUCGAUCUUCACAGAGUCGUGGCAAGCCAUGAUGUUGAAUCUAACAUUUUAAGUCUUUUUUAGUUUGUCUUUAAUAAGGUUUUUCCAUUAGAGAUUAUUACAGGGCUUCUUUUCAUGAGCGGCCUUGUCAAGAAAGCGGUUGAACAAUGUGUAUAAACUAAAAUCCCAGUUCCUUUCCGUGUGGAGUCUGCAUGUCCUCCCCAUGUCUGCGGUGGGUUUCUCCAGGUGCUCCGGUUCCCCCCCCCCCCACCAUCACAAAGACAUGCAUGUUAGGGUUAAUACUCCUGUCUGUGCCCCUGACCGAGGCAUGGCAAGACGAGCUGGAGUUGGUCCCCGGGCGCUGCAAGGCGGCUGCCCACUGCUCCUAGCUGCACAGCUGGGGGGGCUUAAAUGCAGAGCGUAAUUUCCCUACGGGGAUCAGUAACGUAUGUCAGAAAAAAGAAAAGAAAAAUGAAAUGGAACUUAAUAUUUAGUCAUGAGUAAGAGCAAAAUCAGAAGGCCUCUUUCAUAGUGGCCUACCAUUGGAACAGACUCAAGUGGGCUCAAAAAAGAGAAAAGUGUGCAGAGUUGUUUUGUUUAAACCUGACUUGACUUUAAAGAUGAGUGGCGAGGCGUCUCCUUCGAGACUGCCGGCCGGAGAGGUGCAGGCGGCGAACGCAUGCAGUACGAGGGUGGGUGUUUGGAUUAAAAUAGGGAUCGAUUGGCCACUAAAUUGGGAGAAAAUGAAAAAAAUCAGAAAUAAAUUUAUGAAAAAAAGAAAAAAAAAAGAUGAGUGGACCUUUCCACAGUACGAAGGACAAAAAUGGGAGGAUAAGCGGAAAAGACCGGAGGGGAAAAAGUACUGGCUGGAUUUCCUCACUGUGCCGCUUCCCGCUUACUAGUUUUCCAAAUAGCCGAUGGUACCGGUGUUUUGUUGUAUUAAUUUGAACGCAGUCGUUUGUGGAGCUAUUUUGUAAAAUGUUAUUAAGGGCCAUCGCUUUAUUACGUGUUGUAGUAUGCAGCUAUUAAUAAACGUCUUUUG